AUUCGGGCUGCUGCCGUUGCCGUGACCGACCGUGGACGACGCCCCGGCUCCUGGCACCCGACAAGCAAAGCACAAGCGGGCACCACUACGCAACGCAACGCAACGCAGCGCACUGUACUGCACUGCACUGCAUCGCGCCGCGCCGCAUCAGCAUCGACCGGUGGCACAAAGCACGUCCACCCGAGCUGCACAGGUUCCAGGGCAACCACCCACCUGCCUCACUGACUGAGGCAAGGCCACUGACGGCAUUGGACCGCCCACGUCCCGGACUUGCCCUCCUCCCCCCACCCAGUUCAGGUGCGGCGGGACGAAGUACCUCUCCUCUUGUGCCUGCUGUGCGCGGUACCUCCCUGCCGUACCUGCCCUGGCCGGGAUCCAUCGCUCUCUCUUACUCUUCUUCAGGGCUGACCUCAGUCACCCCCAGCAACGUCCAUCUCCAUCCUUCCCAGCGCUCGUUCCGUUGCACGGCCCUUCAAAAGCCGUUGCUCCCUCACCCACCUUCGUUUCCCUUCCCCUUCCCAGGCGGUCCAGCUUUGCGUGCAUCCUUCGCCUUGCACGGCAAACGAAGACGGGAAGAACCUAAUAGGGUAGGGGAGAGCGUUUCGGUCCUUUGGCUGCUUCGUCUUCUUUCCAUAGUGUCGUCCAAACCCCACCCUCUUCUCUGUGUCUUCCUGCUCGCUGGUAGAUACCGGACUCAACCUCGACGUCUCGCGAAAUUCGAAACUCACACGCGACCCGGGCAGGACGUUGGACCUACUCCGGCGCCCUACGGCAAGCGUCUCGACAACCUGACGAUCCUCUGCAUGCAAGCGCAGCCCGCAGCUGGCACUUCCUUCUCUAGGCCUCCUCGAGCUUGGAAUCCGCCCACCACUCGCUGGUGUUGCUGCUGCUGCUGCUCCUGACGAUAAUUGCAACCGCCUCCCAACUACGACCGUUGCCCACGCCCGAAGCGUUCGUUCCCUUACCGACUUGCAAAUGCCCUCGCUACGAUUAUAAGUACCUACAAUCCCUCUUCACACCAAGGACAGGUUUGGACCUGGGCUCUAGGAGGGGACCGGCGCUUGACUAGCUGCAAUCUGCACAGGGCUCUCUGCAGCUCGGCAACCCGGCCCUCCUCCCCUUCUUUGUCCAUACCUCUGUCCCGUCCGUGAACGGUCACGGCUCCUGUUGCCGUGGCACCGGGGACUCCCAAUCAGCAGCUGCUUCUCGUUCUGUCACCAUCUAGCAGCAGUGGCAGAGCCUUUCUUGCCUGUCGACUCGUCACGCACGAGUCUUCGGCAAGCCGCGAUCCCUCGCCGCCAUGGAAGCCUCUUCGCCGUUGGCGGCCUUGCACCGCCCCAUGAUGCCUGCCCCUUCUUGGGGCGGCCGUGACAUCUUCAGACCUCGCCCGCGUUCGCUGUACUCGAGUGGCUCUGCUGUUAGCGGCUCUUUCAGCCUUCGUGAGCAGCUGCACCGCGGCGGUGCUGACUACUUCAAUGUCAAAGAUGUUCGAGGCAGUUCGCCAGCUGCGAGCCUGGCGGCCGACCUGUCGCAGAACUUCCGUCUUGACAAUGAAGCAAGCCCCCAGUUUCCUACUCCUCGAAGGGCACUUUUCACAGCCAACGUCAUGGCGGGCAUGGAGCAUAGACAAUUCGUCACCACGCCUCCCUUGCCUUCCUCUUCACCAGGGCCGGCUCCCUUGACCGAGCUGAUGGAGGUGUCUCCCCUGCCGCACAAGACGCCGUUUGCCUCCGCCCAAAUCGAGAUCACGUCCCCAACGCCCAUCUCUACACCUACAGUUGACGACGAUGACAAUGAUGAUGAGAUGAUGCUCGAUUCUCCAGCUCCAAUUACUCGUCAAGGCUCCUUGGAGCCGCCCAAACCUCUAGUGGCUGAUCGCAAGAUCGCGGCUCCACGACGCCCCUCUCUUAGCCGGAUGAAGGGGUUAACCACCAGCGCCAUCCCUGGAAGAGCGCAGACCGAUACACAGCUCCCAUCGUUUCAAUUUGGGGCCGAUACGAGCAUGAGCUACUCGACGUCGAACCUCUCUCUUGGCGAGUGCUUCGAGAACACGUCUCCUCCUCAAGACCGCAGGCCGAACUCCGCCAACAGCCCAUGUGCCUCAAUUGCAAUGGGCAACCGUGCUCGCCCGCUGUUCACAGGUGUGACGGGAGCCAUCGGCCACCGCCAUGCCUCACCAAUGAACAGCCACUCCAGACGACAGUCAAAUCCGUUCUUGAGGAACCGCAAACAGUUUCGCCGCUCCCUGAGCAUGUUCGAGCAUCCUGCUGAGCUCAUGAAGGGGAAGCCAGAAGGCGAGGAGGCCAAUGUAUCUUCGCUGAAGUCCGUCAUGGACAUUGAGGAGGCUCACGAGCCCCUGCUGCCUCAUUUUCUCCCGGAGGACCCAACGGAUACGAUCCCGCGCAUCUCCAAGGAGACUUUUCUGGACGUUUUGGAUGGGAAGUUUGCCGACCAAUUCGACCAGAAGAUGGUCAUUGACUGCAGAUUCGAGUACGAGUACGAGGGUGGCCAUAUCGAUGGAGCUGUCAACCACAACGACAAGGAGCUCCUUGCGUCACAGCUCUUCCAGACGCCCAUGGACGGCCGUACACUGCUCAUCUUCCACUGCGAAUAUUCGGCCCAUCGUGCCCCUCUCAUGGCGCGUCAUAUCCGUUCCGAGGAUCGCACUGUCAAUGCUGAGCACUACCCACGACUGACCUACCCCGAGGUCUACAUUCUUGACGGCGGUUACAGCGGUUUCUUCGCCGAUUUCCGAAGUCGCUGCUACCCCCCCGAAUACGUUGAGAUGAACGACGAAAAGCAUCAACGCACCUGCGAGCGCGAAAUGGGCCGCCUGAAGGCUCGCAAGGGCCUGGGUCGAGCGCAAACGUUUGCCUUCGGACAGAGGGAACCCUGUGUUAACGACUCUCCCACGGCUCCAACUCGUCCGGCAUCCCGCAUCGCGUCUAUUCCUACACUUGGACACUCGCCAAUGCCCAAUAACGAACGAUCACCCGCGCGCCGCAUGGCGUCUUACUAGUUGGCACACCUUGCCUUCACUAUUCCCGCUCGUCACUGCCUGUCGCGCAGCUGACGAAGCUGACUGGACCGUCUCCACCUUUGCUUGUUCACCAUCUUCCUUGUUCACACGUCAUCCCACCCGGGUGGCGCCUCCGAAACGACUCGAUUUGUCUUGCAUCGCCUUGCAUCACCGAACCGUCAAAUGGCCACCUACGUGCCGUCGAAAUACAGUCGCGUCAACGCGGCGCGAUGCACUGCGACAUUGUGUCGCUUUGAAAGCGUGGCCGUGGAGCCAUGGCCUUGCCUCGGUUCAACGCCCUUGCAGUCUCAUUUGACUUGCAUUGCUCCGGCGCUUGACUGCUGGCGGGUCUGAAACAUGUCCCGGGAGUCGGGCUCCCUUGGCGAUGUUCAGACAUUUCCGCGUUUCUUUCGAUUUUCGGCGUCUUUCACUCAUCGCCCUGCCUCUGGAGCACAGUCGGCGCUUGAAACUUUGACUUUGACGCCAUCAGCCAGUCUCCCUUUUUCCUCAUGUCCUGCCCAAUACGAAUCUUUGGGAUCAUCCCAACGACACAUCGCACAUCACACAUUGCCAAGCGACAGACAAGCAACCCCCUGGCGCAUGCUUCCGAGACCACCAGCAAUUGCCACUACUACAGCUUUCCUUAUAACAAUUGAUGGGCGGCAUACCCCUCGCGCUAAUCGCGCGUCGAUACCCCAUACGACGACAUGUAUUUCCUUUAAUUGUUCAUACUUCCUCGGGGCUGAAACCCACUGAAGCUAUUCUUCUUGAUGAGCCACGGCGUGUAAACCAUAGCGCGCAUGUUUUUGUUUUGCAAGACUAGCUGACCACCCAUGGACGAAGAAGGUGUGGUUGAGAAGUUGGCCCGAAAGGGCUGCUGGUUGUACAUAACUGGAAAAACCUUUGAUGCGGAUCGCAAUCUGCCCAGGUUUGGCUCAUAGCUAGUGACCGAGGAACAUAAGCGCAAAAAAAGUUCUAAAAUUACAUAUCGGCUCCGUAGCUCAAGCCAUUCGAGAGAUGUGCAUGUGUUGGCUCCGGGCAGCUGAAUGCAAGUUAGGCAUGCCAGCCACCACGGCAUCUACGCCCUGUCGCCACACGAAGAGCACGGUGCACGAUACCCGUC